UUGAGUUUUGACCCACGACACGUGACACGUUCUCCUCCAAUCGGAAAACGUAUUUGAGUUGGGAGGUUUAACAAAGUAUUUUGUCUGCCAAGCGUUUAAUGACAUUCCUGUUCAGUGACCUUCAGCGGAACACAGAUUUGAAUUGCAGAAAUCAAUUUUGCGAGUUUCGGUCGACACGUCGCGCUCAUCUUCAACGGUAAGUCAACCUUCUUGUGGAAUAGAAUUCAAAAUACUAUGGUCCUUAGUUAGGUUCAGUUUACGAUUGUUUUAAUGAUAUAGUUUGCAGAAAAUGUCUCUUUGUUUCCAUUUACGAUGUGCUGAGUUUUAUGUAUUUCUGAAGCGGAACUUGUAAGCUUAUAAACAUUUGACGGUAUAGUUCAGUUCCAGAGAAGGUAUAAUCACAGAGACUUUUCAGUAAUAAUCUGUAGGAAUUGAAUGUCAUAGGCAGUUGUGUGGGAAUUUGAUUCAAUAUUUAUAAACCUUGGCACGAAAUUAAAAUAUUCCUCUUUACCUUAGGCUGUUUUUUUUCCCUUUACAGACCACGUGAUAUUCUCCAAACAAGUGCUCUUUUAUCCAUCUAAAAAUUAUUCAUUCAUAUACACGCAAUUUGAAAGCUAGAAUUAUCAAGAGUAUCACAACAUGGUCUGAAAUGGAGCAAAAACCGCCCAAGCUUAAAAGUUUGUAAUCUAAAUAAACACCUCAACUAUCUGACGGAGAACGGAGGAGAUUAAAGAUGAUUAGAAAGGUGCUUCAAGCAUUUGCAGAUGACAACUUUGGCGAUAACUAUUACCCUCUUCUCCACGGAACGAGUUCGUCAAAUGUAAAGCCAUUCGGGUUGAUGAUUAAGCAAAAGAGGAGUAUCUGGAAGAAGCCGUUCAAAAAAUCCGAAUUUAAAAUCAUUGCAGGGUUAGAGUACUAUGUAAAGGAAGACAAAAAAGAAGAGUUUUUUGAGCGCGUAAACGCCAAGAAACAAACACAGAAUGAUUUGGAAAUAACUGACUAUAACGAAGACGAUGAGCCACCUAAAAGUUACAUGGAAUUUGGAGUUCAGGUUGCUGACAUAGCGGAGGGAAAUCUGAAGAUUAAUUAUGAUCUUGGAGAGUUGAAACUCGGUAAAUUGGACAAAGAGUACUUUAACGAUCCAGACCUGCAUAGCAUACUACAAGGAACCGAGCUCGACACCACGGCGAUGGAACGCGUUGAAAAUGAGAAACUGUACCUCAUUUAUAGCGUCAUUUAUAGUGAACGGUUUGAACUUGAAGGCAAGAGACAGAGUGAGGUGGUGGUAGAUGGAGGUGUAAAUGUUCCUGUCUCGAUUAUUCCCCAGCUCAAAGUUAAAGCAAAGGGUUAUUUUAAAAAGAAAACCGUUCCUCCGAAGGCGGUAAAGAGACACACACGCGGCCCAGUUUAUUUAAAAUUUGUUCCUGUGGAUUACGAUAAGGCGCAGGGAAAAUUGAAACUUCCGCCGGGAGAGUUUGCAGGCUCGAGUGUUCACAGAGCUGCUGGCGACGAACACGAUACAGAGAACAGCCAAACUGCCCUGGCGUUUGAGGAUGAGGACAAUAAUUUGGCAGCUCCCUUGACAGACGAGGAUUCUAAGAAACUGGAUAUCAUCAAGGAGGCAAUAUUGCUGAAGUCUGAAGAUAGAGAAAAGCGUAAAGAGCGAGUGAAAAAGUAUCUAAAGUGGUUUGAAGAAGCUCUAACCACAGAGAAGAUGACGUUGUCCCUACCCGAUAACAAGCCGCUUACAGAUGAAGACUGUGAUUUUCUUCAGAGUAUUUACUGCCAGGUCCUUCCCGGCAAAAUUUACACCGUGGAUCUGUCAUCUUUAAAAACAGUAGAAAAGAUUCAGGGAUACGCUAUACUUCUUAAGCUUAUUGAUGGUUUGUCUGAUGAACAGUGGGAAGAGAUUGAGAAGGCUUGGGCUGACCCAGAACAGAAUGAAUGAUGGGAGAGAAGCAAGCUACUUCAAAAUGCAUUGUUGAUAAGAGCUAAUAAACUGACAGAGGAAGCUCUUUGAAAAGAAUGGAUUUGACGCCAUACAACUAAGUAGCACAGAGACAGAUAGUUAGAAUGAAUAUUAUGUAGAUUACAUGUAGUGUACACACUUUUAAUUGCGCACACCCAUUUCAAUUGAACUUAAAAAUUGAUACAAAUGUAAAACAUUAGCAAUACUUAAGUGUGGCUACUAUAAAAGUUCCUAUACAAUAUAAUGCUAUCGGUUUAUUCUUUUCAAUUUUCGUAAGCAUGUAAUAUGGUGGUGUUAGUUCUUGCACAUGCGCAAUAUCCGUGUUAUACACGUGACCUGACGACAGACAGCCCUAGUUUUGGCGGGAACUUGCACUGCCAACCGCGCCGAGUGCCAUUGCUUGAUGGACAUCUUUACGUUUGUGUGCCCGUUGAUUGUCCAAUCAAAAAGCAAGUUGCUGAGAAAGCUAUUAAACUACGCUAGUGUUGGCCAUAAUUGUUUGAAAAAUCAGAGAAAAAAAUGUAAAAAAAAAAAAAAAAAA